CAUUCUGGUCGGCCUGCACAUCACCACGUGACGCCGGUCUAGAUGGCGGAUUGUGGGGGGAUAAAAUGGAGCUUCAUCCCCAAGAAGCAAUUAUGGCCUUUGCUUACACCCCCGUCGCACAAGCCAAAUGAGUCCGCUUGGCCCUCAAUGGUUUUCUUGCCCCAGCCUCACCCAUGGAGAAGCUCCCCGUAGAGAUUCUCUGCGAGAUUAUUGACUAUCUCACCCCACAUGAGCGGGUACAGCUUCAAUCCGUCUCGAGACGGCUGUUCUCCGUCGCCCGCGACAAUAAUCUCUGGCGACUCCACUGUUUCGAAGAGUCAUGGAGCGCUCCCGGAGCCUUGCGUUCCGCCACCAACAGGACUUCCGGAAGCCUCGUCUCCAACUCCACGGCCUCUCUCCGCUCACUAGGUCAAACCUCACUACGGUCGCUCAUUCAGCCAGGUGCAUCCCGGCCUAAUGAGGGUAGAUCGGGAGGUCUGGAUCAAACGCCAUCUUAUGGCCAGCGAUCCAGAGCGGCGGCGUCGUGGGAUCCGUCUUGCGAGGGGGAAGAUGUGAACUGGUACUCGGAGUAUAUCGCUCGGAAUGGGCCGAUUUCGCUGAGCUGGAUGCAGCAGCCCUUCACAAGGGUGUCUCAAGGUGGGAAAAAGGAAUACCGUGAGGUCAAAGGAAUGGGACUGCUUCGAGACUGGAGUUCUGCCAGGCAGAACAAAGUGGUUGCGCCCCUUGAUGAUGGCAGUGUCUGCAUCUGGGAUCUCAACCACUCGCACUCUAUUGGAUCCCAGAGCACCAAGGGUAAAGUCCUCGGCGUCAGCUCGCCGGGGAUCUUGAUGGCCAACCGAUCUGGAAGACGGGACAACUCCGGAGCGAAGCAAGCCUUGGAAUUUGUGAACCUUGGAGAAUGUGUCAGCGUGGACUCCAUGCGUCGGAGAGCCUACUUGGCCGUCGGGAACAUCCUGAACGAGGUCGACCUAGAGACACUCAGCGUUAUCUCUCAACAACGCUUUCCUUGGUCUGUUUUCGCAUUGUCCCAGGAGACAGACUAUUCGGUGCCGUUGACGCUGGCGACCACUCUGAGUCUUCAUAUCUACGACGGGCGGAUGUCAGCGACGGAGGAGGAAGAGGCUAUUAACCUACGCUGCGAGGAGCCGACUGUUUCGUUGGUCCCCAAGUCUCAGAUCUAUGCUCCUCCAGACUCGCCUCUUCUGCAACUCCAACCAAACGGCCGGCCUCCGCACCGGAUACGAAGCCCUGACCCUUCAAACAAUAGUGACAACUACGCACCGUUGUUCCAACCCGGACCUCUGUCUCUCCUACACCCUCCUGCGCCACAUGUGAAUUCGAUAUUUCUUGCAGGCCGUUUCCCAAGCAUCUUACAAUACGACCGUCGCUUUUUUCCGCGGCUACAAAACACAAUUCACUCCGGUGGCCAGCUCUGCGGGCUUGCUGCUGUUCCUGCGCCGCGAUUCCCUGUCUUCUCCAACUCCGAGUUCCCAGCUUCACAUAAACUGGUAGCCUGCGGUGACUACAAAGGACGGGGUUCUCUUGAGCUCUACAACCUUACCCCUUCCGGGAACAACAUCAAGGCUGAUCCUUCGGGCUGUUCAUCCAGUCUGUCUACGGUGUACCAGAACCGGCAGAGUGUCGCCAGAUCGAAGGUGCUCUCAGUCGAAUCACACGGGACCCGGAUUGUUUACUCCGACGCAGAUGGCAACAUCAAAUGGGUCGAGCGCGAUGGGCGGGCUGAAGUUCGCCGCCUGAACAUCAAUGCCUACCAGCCGCAGCGCAGGUGGUAUGGACAGCCCAACGGGGAAGCAUCUAUUCGCUCAGGAACUAGCACUGGUGCUGAGGGUGAAGACGGAGACACACCCGGCCUCUGGGGUAGCUUGUCGCGGUCUCGUAGCGAGGGUGAGGUUGCUCGAAAGGUCCUUCCGACCGGUGGCAGCCUAACAGGCGAUGAGCUCCUUGUCUGGACUGGAGAACACCUCGGACGCGUUAGGUUCUCCAACGUCCCAGAUGCGGAUUUGGACCUGGACGAUGAAGAUGAAGACAUGGCUAUGGACGGGAACGUCCCUGAAGCCGAGCGCGAGGUGAGACGCAAAAAAAGACGAGAGUUACGGCAGCGGGAAGAAGAAUAUACCACGAUGAUGCGGAGGGCACUGGAGAGGCAGGCCGACGAGGUGAGGCGGAUGGGCGGACUGGGACUGUGACUUGAUUGCACCCUCUUCGAAACUCGAUGAAGCGCAUUUGAUUUAAUGCUUGUUGUUACCGUCAUCUACAUGCGUCCUUUGGCAUGAUCGUUGGUUUGAUUGAAUGAUACCUCCAGUUCGGGCUUGAUGUUUAUGAGUGGCGAUACCCCUUUACUUAGAUAGAAU